AUGAGCAAAUCCGGAGACUUUGAAGCCGUCGCCGCAGACAUAAGAAAGAUUCUGCACCAACCGGAAUAUGAUGAUGGCAGUGCUGGUCCGGUGCUAGUGCGUCUGGCGUGGCAUGCUUCGGGCACGUAUUGUUCGGAAACCGAUACGGGCGGUAGCAAUGGAGCAGGCAUGCGAUACGAGGCCGAAGGCGGCGACGAAGCAAACGCUGGACUCCAACACGCACGCGUAUUCUUGGAACCCAUCAAAGAGAAGCACACCUGGAUUUCCUACGCCGACCUAUGGACCUUGGCUGCCGUUGUUGCAUUGAAAGAGAUGGGAGGGCCUCAGAUCAAAUGGCUGCCUGGUAGAACAGACUUUGUGGACGACAGUAAACUGCCUCCUCGUGGUCGUCUGCCGGACGGAGCUCAAGGCGCCGAUCACAUCCGCUUCAUCUUCUACCGAAUGGGCUUUACGGAUCAAGAGAUUGUUGCGCUGAGUGGCGCUCACAAUCUGGGAAGAAUGCACAUGGAUCGCUCUGGGUUUCACGGUCCGUGGGUGCCAAACGGUACUCGCUUCAACAACACCUACUACAGAAUCAUGACCGAAUACGAGUGGAAGGAAAAGAUACUCGAAAACGGCGUCAAGCAAUUCGUCUACAUGGACGAAGACCUGGACGAAGAACUCGCCAUGCUGCCCACCGAUCUCGCGCUCGUCACUGACGAGUCCUUUGGCCCUUGGGUCAAGAAGUAUGCUGCCGACAAAGAUCUCUUCUUCGAUCACUUUGCAAAGGCAUUCGGCAAACUUCUGGAAUUGGGCAUCCAGAGAGAUGCCAAUGGUAACAUUACAAACACGGAUAACGUCAAAGGUGGUUAUCAUGCUGCGCCGAAGAAGUCGGGCAAGCCUGGUAAGCCGAAGGCUGCUGGGGAUGGUAUUGCUGAGCCGUUGCAGGAGGAGAAUGCGAGGUUCAAGGCUAGACUAUAG